UCCUGCUGCGUCACUACGCUCAUUCUCAGCCUGGGAUACGCAAUAAGAUCCGGUGUUAGCGGGUAGAGUCCACCAGGCUAGUAGAGGCGGGUUGCAUUGCUUGUUUUGUGGGCAGCACUCCUUCUUCUCUUUCUGCAGGCGUUACCCACCUUUCUUUUAAACGAGGCUUGUUUUUAUCUACGAAAAAAGAAGCUCUCCCUUCACUUCAAACAUGCAUCCAGCAACAGCUAAGUGGUACGAUAGGAGGGACUCCGUUUUUAUAGAGUUCUGUGUAGCCGACAGCAAAGAUGUUAAAAUCAAAUUUGAUAAAACAAAGUGUGGUUUCAGUUGUCUUGGAGGAACUGACAAUGUCAAACAUGACAAUGAAAUAGCCCUUUUUGAAGCCAUUGAUGAAAAUGAGUCCAAACAUAAACGCACAGAUCGCUCAGUGUUGUGCUAUUUACGAAAAGCACAGCCAGGGAAGCCAUGGCCAAGGCUAACAAAAGACAAGGCUAAGCUGAGUUGGCUCAGUGUCGACUUCAACAACUGGAAAGACUGGGAGGACGACUCUGAUGAGGAGAUAGGCAACUUCGAUCAAUUCUCAGAUAUGAUGAACAACAUGGGAGGGGAUGAGGACCUGCCCGAUCUAGACGGUGCUGAGGAUGAUGAGUCUGCGUCUGCAGAUAGCGAUGAUGAGAAAAUGCCAGAUUUGGAAUAGAAGACUGUAAGACUCCGGGAAGAAAAAUGGAAGAACCGAGGGCAAGAGGAAUCAUAACAAAUGUAUAUCUUGAAAUUGAAGGCAGUGACAGACAACUGUAUAUAUGAGUCAGUAGCCAUAUUUAAAUCCAUAGCCUCAGCUCCAACUCCUGACCGAUCAGUACACUGAAGGUUGAUAUGCAUGGUAUUGUACAGAGCAGCUAUCUCCACUUCCAUUUGCUGUACCGCACCUUUUGGGUAUCUUGUUUUACUGUUAAAUAUUACAAGUAAGCACACAUUAUUUGUUGGAAAAGCUGUAUAGUUGUCCUCAACUGAGCAAUACGUGUUAACAAAUUUACAAUUUGUUUUCAAAUUAAUUGUGGUUUUAAAAAAUGAUUAGGCCCACCCAUUCCCAAUGUUGUGGUUUUAAGUAGGUCGACCAGUGUAGUUUAUUUCUUGAUUUAAAAAAGACACUAGUUAUGUACAUCAUAAGAAUUAGAUGUAUUUACUGAUUGGGUUCCUCUAAAGCCUUCCAUGUGCCGUGAAUUAGAUAUCCACGAAGCCAGUUGUUGUUUCGGUGGCUUAACCUUCCAGCUUACAUGUUUCCCUUUUACUUCUUGUUUUAAUGUUUGUAAAAUUGGAAUAUUCUAAAAUCAUUGCAGCAUCUUCCCAGUUUUAUCGCCUACUUUGGUAAUCAUAAUGGAUUCCACAUAUUUAGUAUCUUAACAGUUCCUGUCUCCAUGCCUAACCUAACAUGCACACUCAUGUUAGACUGCAGAAGCAAAGUGAAAUGUUUUGCAGCUGAUAAAGAGUUUUGAAGCUUGGUUGGGCCUCAACAUCGUGUGGUUUGUUGCUAUUCUCCAGGUCCGUUUAUUUUCAUCCUCCCUUCUUGACGAGGGCGUGUCAGAACGAUACGGCGACGUGUAAUGACCAAAUUCUAUUUGCACUGUCAGUAAAAUGUAAGGGGAGACAAAACAUGUUGAAUUACAGUGGAAAAUUCUUUUUUUAUUGUCUACAUCUUUCUAAUAAACUGUUUAAGAAUCAUU